UCAAAUCUGUCAGAUAUGCUGCUCCGCUGAGGCCUCAGAUCUCUUGUUGUGAGCCCAGCAGGUUGUAGCAGCUGGCGGGAUGCAGCACCGCUGGUUGUCAGCCACAUAUUAGGUCUGCUAGCUUUUCGCUCCUUCUCAGUAUGAGUCGUCUUCGUUAGGGGCCGUAUGAGGAAUCGUAACGAUACUUCUUCGUUUCAGGUGCGCCGCGCCAGCAGGCCUACCUCUCCUCACGAGUCAGGGUGUUGCCUCGCCGAAUUUCCAUUGACGAGCUCGACGAUGGUGGCAGCUUCCCCUUAUGCACAAGCGCUGCCGUUGACUUUGUUACGUACCCUUCACCUCGCCGCAUAGAAAGCUUUCUCUAUUAUGUGUACGAGCUGAAAAGUGCUGAGCUUCCUUGCUGGGGUGCUGGAGCUGACGGUACCAGACAAUGAUGAUGUAUGGAACGCCUUGCGACACACCUAUCUCGCUGACUUCAUAAGCGCUGGGAAGCCUGACCAGGACAGGAGGACAAAGAUUUUAAGUACUUCAUGGCAUGGGGCAUGGAAGACUUGGCAGCACAAGCACGUGAUGCUGCAGGAGACUGCCAUUAUGAAGGCAUGGACCCGACCUGGAUGGAAGGAGCUCAAACUCGAAUCCGUUCAGCGGCUCUGCACGUGGUGGAGGCUCAGCAAGCGUCAUCAGAGCACAGCCGCAUGGCACUUGCCAUGGAAAAUUGCCUUGGACAUCAAAACGUUACAAGCGGUGUGGGUUUUUACAAGAAAACCCGAACUUCAUCGUUUUCUGCCUUAGACUCUGAGGCUUCUCCUGCAAGUUUUUUUCGACACAUGCGGUCGAGUUCUGCUGGGGCUUCUGUGUCAGGAAGGGAGCUCGAUGCUGCUGAUCCGUCUGGGAAAGUUGACUCUGCUGUUCUCUCCAGGAAGCUUGUCAUUGGUGUUCCCUUGAAGCAGCUUGGAUCUGGUGUUCCUUCACGCUUUGAAGAGAGCAACUUGACCAAGGCGCAUUUUUCCCAUGUGCGGCAGCGCCCUACAGUGCGAUGGGGCAAAGUGCUGGGCAGGAUCAAGUCAUUAUCUUCCUUCACAUUUUAAUGACGACUGAUCCGGUAGGUAUGCUGGUCUAGUUUGACAAUCUUUCUGCCCCUUCUGUGUGUAUAGGAGAAGCUUGAAACUGUUUAUGGGAGUGCGUGGGAUGGGAACAGUAUCAGAAUGAGAGAAGUGAAUGAUGAGUAGUGGGAGAGUACAGAUAGAUAUACCUAAGUAUUGUACCCUCUAAGAGCUGAUCCUAUACAGUCUAUGCAAAC